GUUACCUCCAGCAACCUUUGCAGCUUAGUCAACCCGUGCUGAAGUGCUUGGUCAAACAACAUGCGACUUUCCCCUUGCAAGAAACACGCUCUCUCACGCUCGCUCUGCCAACCCUGAGCCAUCAGCAUGCAUACUUAGAUCCACUCAAGCUCGUAGUCAUGCCGGCCAAUGUGAAGAGCAAGAUUCAGCGCCUACUGCGACAGCUCGACAGGGACGAGGAUGGCGUGGAGGACACCCCUGCCGACAUGCUCGCGGCGGCCAGCGAGGAGGAGGCGGAGGACCUAGCAGCACGGGGUGCAGCUCGCCGCGCGGCAGCGGCCAUUGCUAGCACGCCCAGCAGCCAGGGCGGCGCGUCGGAGAGCACGGAUGCCUACACCACCGCCAGCGAGGCCCAGCUCGAAGGGGACGACAGCGAGUCUUACACGGCCUCCAUGUCCUCCCUCGAAACCACGCCGCUGCAGCCCGCUCGAGGCGCCCAUCAUGACCGCCACCAGCACCACCAGCAGCACCACCAGCAGCACCACCAGCCCAAGCCGCGCUUCUCGGCGGCCGCCAAUGCGGAGCGCGUCGCGGUGCUGGAGCGCAAGUGCAUGGGGCUCAUGGCGGACAACCGGCAGAUGCAGGCGGCCUUCCAAGAGGCCAUGGCGCGCAAGAACGCGGAGCUAGGCGAGCUGCAGGCGCACCUGGCCGGCACGGUGCGGGAGCUUGGCGCGCGGCAGCAGGAGCUGGAGGCGGCGGCGCCGCUGCUGCGGCUGCGGCUGGAGGACUUCCGCGCCCAGCUGCUGGACCUGCGUGUGAGCGACAGCGUGUACAAGGAGCUGCGGCUGCUGCCCAAGGAGUCCCGCACGGCGCUGGAUGAGGUCCGCAUCGCGGUGCAUGAGGCGCUGGCGGACUCCAAGGCCGAGGCCGACCGCCUGCGCACCGCGCUGGGCUCGUCGCGGGAGGCGGCGGCGCGGUCGGAGGAGGCGGCGGCGCGGGCGCGCACGGAGGCGGCGCGGGCGGGCGCGGCGCUGGCGGAGCGGGAGAAGGACCUGGCGUUGGUGACGGAGGGCAUGCAGGCUCGCAUCGACCGGCUGGCCAGCGAGCUGGAGGGCGCCAUGGUGACUGCGCAGCUGAACGCCGCCAAGGGCUCCAUGUACGACGAGCUCCGGGCCAAGUACGACGCCGCAGUCAGCGAGAACCAGCGGCUGGCGGUGGUGGAGGCCACGCACAGGAAGCUGGAGCAGCAGGCGGCGGCGGAUCGGCUGACCGCCAGUCAGAAGGAGGGCACCUUUGAGAUGCUGAUGAUGGAUAAGGCCUACCUCAGCAAGCAGGUGGACUUCCUGACUGACCAGCAGCGCAAGCUGGAGGCGGAGCUGGAGCUGCGCGAGAAGAAGAUCAACGACCUCAGCAGGCACAAGAACGACCUGUUUGAGAAGCUGAUGGCGGCUGAGACACUCAAGGGCCGCCACGAGGAGGCGCGGCUGCAGACGGAGCUGGCGGCGCUUCAGGAGCGGACACACGCCGACCUGGACAAGAUACGCGUGGAGACGGCGGAGGCCUACGAGCGCGAGGCGCGGCUGCUGCGGGAGCUGCGCGACGGCGCGCAGGAGGACGCGGCGCGCGCCAAGGCGGCGCUGGCGGAGCUGCAGGGCCUGCACGAGAAGCAUCAGCUGGCGCACAACGAGGUCACCAAACGCCUGGAGCAGCAGGUGGUGGCGCUGCAGACGGAGCUCAAGCAGCGCUCCUUUGAGCUCAGCCACUUCAAGGUGGUGGUGGCGGAGAAGGAGACACUGGUGGGGCGCAUCAGCAUGCAGAACGAGCUGCUGUCGGACAAGCUGGGCGUGCUCAUGGACAAGUACCGCAGCCUGGAGGUGGAGCUCAACUCCCACCUCCACAAGGCCCUGGCCGCCGCCGCGGAGGUGGUGUCAGGCGGAGGCGCGGGCGGCAGGGGCGAGGACGGAGGCGGCGAGGGCGGCGGAGGCGGUAUCAUCGUGGCGCCGGCCAAGCUUCAGGUGGACCUCGCGCUGGUACGGCAGGAGCGGGACCAGCUGUCGCGCCAGGUGGAGAUGCUGACUGGGCGGCUGGCGGCGGCGCACGACAGCCUCAAACUGGCCAGUCAGCCGCACGCCUUCCUGCUGGAGGAGCUGGAGUCUGUCAAGCUGCGCUGCGCCCAGGCGGACACGCGGGCGGCGGCGCUGCAGGUGGCGCUGCAGCAGCGCGGGCACGAGGCGGAGGCGCUGCAGGCCGAGCGCGACGCUCUGCGCGCCGACCUGGACGGACUGCUGGCCCAGCGGCAGGCGCUGGAGGGCAUGAAGGCGGUGGUGGUCAAGGCGCUGGCGGGCGGGCUGCCGCAGGUUCAGCAGGCGGCCGCCGCGGCCGCCGCCGCGCGCAAGCCGCACGGCCCCUUCAGCAGCACCACCAUCAUCGGCGAGGGCGGCAUUGCACCCGGGCCGCCGCUGCCCACCGCACAGACGCCGGCGCCUGGGCCCGCUCGCCAGCCGCCGCCGGCGUCGCACUUCCCGCCGCACGUGGGGAUAGCGGGGCUGGGGACUCCGGGUGUGGGGGCGGGCACGCAACAUGGGCGGGCGCAUGGGGCGGCUGGGCCCCAUUCGGUGGAUGCUGCUGCGUAGAGGUCAUACCGUGGGGGGGCCGCCGUGGAGGUGUUACUGAUGGAAUCAAGCUCUGCUCUAUCGUGUCGCAUCGAUUCGGACCGAGGAUUGGACUGAGAAGUCAUUUGGAAGUGGACGCGGCGGGUUGUUGCAUCGCGGCGUUUUAUGGAUGUCUCGGUGCUGAGCUGGAGGCCUUGGACAUGACUUGACUGGAGGGUACAGGGUGAUGAACAGCUACGGUGCUGUCUUAGGCAGCGGUGUGACCUGUGUGCUCUGUGUAUGGGCACCAGAGUGCUGACGUGUGGUCCUUCAAAGGUUGGCAGAGCUGAUUGCAGUUUGGGACAGCGAGCAUGUGGAGCACAUGCGUUUCCGGCGGCCUUACAUCAGGGACGCCGUACGAGCAUCACGCGACCGAGAACCAUCAUGGCUAUCUGCUUGUUAGAUUUCGUGAAUCAGUUUGUAGUCUCUCCGCUGGUACGGUACGUACCGCCGUCAUAAGCUCAUAACAUAACCA